CAUAACACGCAUAGCCCUGAGACCGUGAGCACGAGCCCUUUCAAGGAAAAAACAGUUGAAUCGUCAGACCUACUCUAUUCUUACUGUCUGACCAGCUUCCCAGAACGCUAGCUUAAUAUAGCUUGUCUCAACAGAGAUCCAGCCGGUCGCAGAGGCCCUGUUGUAGAGCGCGGGGACAACUUCCACUAGCGCUCGCACGCUAUGGACUUUCAGGGGCGCAAGGCCCCGGGGCAGACCUCCUAGUGCCUUGAGAGUAGUUGCUACCACCACCUAAGCCAGGAGAAUGGACUCGGCCUUUGCAGUGGUGGAGGCGAUGCAGGUCGCAGCUGCCGGCAUGGAGGGAAGCCGGGACCUGGUGCACCAGGGCCGUGAGCUGCUAUCGUCUGCCACGGGAUUCAACUGGUUCCUUAUCCUUGUGGCCGCGGUUGUGUCGGCCCUGGUGCUGGCCGGCUGCAUAUACCUGCUCGUGGAAUACCAGCACCCUGAGGACCGGAACCAGGCAUGGGUCCCCAAGAUUGUGGUGGUGAUCUCCAUGACGCUAGCCAUCUGGACGGUGCUCUUAUUUCCCCUAGACGUGGCGAACACCCGAGCGUGCGCGCAAAGUAUAUCGCCCAGCGCGUGCACCUACACGCUGCCCAUGCACCAGCUGUGGUACGCGUGCUUCAUCUCCAACCUGGUGCUGGUGUUCCUCAUCAUCCCCUUCACGCUGUUCUUCUACGAGUCAGACAGCGACUACACGUUCUGCCAGAAGGUGAAGGGCUCGCUGAUGUGGACAAUGGGCUUCCUCGUCUUCAUCGUCCUCAUCAUCGUUAUUAUGUAUCUGCUCAUCGGAUACGUGGUGUACCCCACGCAACAGCUGACCAGCGGCGUGCGCAGCAUGAACGUGCUCAAAAACUUGGCCAGCUUCAACAGCAGCGCCUGCAUCAAGCCGCUCAAGAGCAACCAGACGGAGGCGUCGGUGCCGGACUACCAGUGCUCGGCGUUCUCCACCACCUUCCGCUCCAGCAGCUGGAAGCUGCGCGUGUCGCUGCCCGUGUACAUCAUAGCCAUCCAGUCGGUGCUGGGCUGGCUGGUGUUCCUGGUGUUCGCGGGCGUGGGCCUGGUGGCGGGGCCCAUAGACUGGCUGCAGGAGUUCCUUGGCCGUCCAAAGGCGGUGAUCACCAAGUCGGAGUACAUGCGGAGAGGGCAGAUCAUAGCGCAGCGAGCAAAACAAAUCAUGAACAUGCUGACCAUGAUGCGGCGCGGCGAGCGCGACCGUCGGUGGCGCAGUAACUUCCAAAAGGUGCAGCGCGAGGUAGCCCUGUUGGAGGAGGACGAGUACCAGCUGGAGCGGGUGUUCCCACAGGGCGAGGACGGCCAGGUCCGCUGGGUGCUGUUCAUGCUGGGCUUCUACGUGCUGGCGGUCAUGGCGGUGGUGGGCUUCUGCCUCACCUGCAUGUGGAUCGCGCAGAUCAUCGCCUACAUGCUGCCGCCCGUGCCGCUCAGCCCGCUGCUCAACGAGAUGUUCGUGGCGCUGGACGGCGUGUUCCCGCUGUUCGGCGUGCUGGCCUUCGCCAUCUUCUGCCUCUACCUCAUGAUCGCGGCAAUGAAGGGCAACUUCAUGCUGGGCCUCAACUUCCUGGUGAUCAAGCUGUACCCCAUGCGGCCGGGCGCCACCAUGAUGAGCUCCUUCCUGGUCAACACCGCGCUCAUCCUGCUCAUGGCGCCGGCCAUCGUGCAGUUCUGCGCGCAGGCGUUUGCUGUGUACGCGGACGGCACCUCCAUCUUCGACGUGUUCGGCAACCAGGUCAUGUACCUGAUCGGCCUCAGGUACAUCUACAACCUCAACAUCUUCCUGUACGCGAUGCUCGCCAUCUGCCUACUCACCGCCAUCUUCCUGGCCUUCCGCGGGAAGAAGGUGUGGAAGCGGCGCAACCCCAUGGACGCAUACGCCAUGAUCGACUAAGAGGCGCACGCGGUAAUUAGCUAAGAGGCGGGCGGGUUUACCAAAGCGGCCUGCGGAAGAGUGCUGGGGGAAGAGUCAGACAGAGUUAGCGAAUGCUUGAGAGGAGUAGAAUGUGUUGGAGCGGGGAAGGUAGGGCGUGGGAUGACGGGUGGGUCAUUAUGGUGCGGGUGCCGGGUGGGGAGGACAUGCACCGACGUUGUUGCGGUUGCGGUUACCAAAAGCUGUGACGCUGAGGAGGGCUCGCCGCGCUGCCGUGAAGGACAUCAGCGGGCCGGUGUCGAUGCAUUCUGUCGUGUGGUAUGCCUGCGUGGUGUGCGUGUGUGUGUUACUGGUCGUGUGUGCGUGUUCACGUGUUUUCGCCCUAGCAUAGGUGGUGAGCAACUCUCACUGACAUUACGAUAACCGUAGCAUGUGACAAACGUUGCAUGGUCUUCUGUGGAACACGUGAAGUAUAGAAAUGUGAGCGCCCUGUGACGGGAAACGACGGUGGGCACUUUAACCACCGGAUGUGAGCUUUGGCAGUUGCGAUGGCGAAGCGGCGAGCUGCAUUGCGGCGCGGCUGGCUGGCUGGGAGUCGUGGGACGUGAUCAACCCUCAUACCUUUUAAGAUAACGUAGAAAGCCGAGUGUAUCAGUAGCCGGGGGCAUGUACAUACAAUAGGGACACGAGCACGAUGAGUAUGUCACCCACGAUUGACGUAACUGCUUAACGGCAUGUGCCACACUGCCACGCGUCGCUUUGUAACCUUGGUCAAGG